AUGGGCUCCUGAUAUUAUGUAUAUCAUAUUUUAUCAGAAUGAACGUCAUGAGCUAUAAAUGAUAAUGCAUGGUCCAUGUCUCAGGGCAUCAGACCAUAGAUAGUAAAGGAGAGGGAUUGGAAACAAGGGAUUUCACGCGGCGCGCCCAUGCGUGUUGCACCGGAAAUAGACACUGCUACUGGGCCAUCUUCUCUAUCGUCCCAGAAUCAACUAUUGCAACCCUUGAGUCAGCUACUCGUACAUCUACCUGCAAACCAACCACCUCCGAGUCAACCAUCUGUGAGUCAACCUGAUAACCUAAACCUACUGACCCAGAAUCAACUAUGGCAACCCUUGAGUCAGCUACCUGUAAACCUAUCUGCAAACCAACCACCAAAUCAAUCACCUCCGAGUCAACCAUCUGUGAGUCUACCUGAAAACCUAACGGCAAACCAACCUAAUCAGCCACCCCAGAGGGAGCGUAGUGAACAAGUUGCCGAUUUGCCAAGCCCCUCCCCAACCACAACUCCCGUGUUUUCAUGGGGCGUUCAUAGUGCAACAGAUUUCUGUGUCAUUCUAGAGGCCACAUAUACCGAAGUAAUACACUGGAGAAAGAACUCCUUCACAGUGCCUAUUGGAAAAGCCGGGAAAGAAUUCGUUGAUGAGCUGUCUAAUCUCUACGCAGCGUUUGCCUCUGCGUCUGCUCUAGAAUCAGUGGCCCUGAAGGCAGCCACAGUCCUCCCCAUUUUGUCUCUACAGAAACCCCAUAGAGCUUCUAAAAACAAAGAAAACAGUGCUUGCCUGACAAGAAGAUUGAGUACCUGGAAGGAAGGAAACCUAAACGACCUAUUGCUUGAAGGGAGAACGAUCCAAAGAAGGUUGCGUGCACCAGUAGUAUCUAAGUACGCUGCAAAUCAAUCCCAGGCACGUCUAUUUGCCAACAAGGUGUUCGCCGGAAAAUGUGGAGCAGCACUGGAUAUACUAGCUGACAAUAGAGAAGGGGGUGUACUACACCUUGCUGACCGUGUGGACCCAAACAACCCUAAUUCUCUCACAGUUAGAGAAGCCCUGGCAAACAAACACCCUAAAGGACAGCCCCCCCAUCCAAACUGCAUCCUUCCUUCGCCACCACAAGAAGUACACCCGGUUGUCUUUGACGCCCUAGACGCCUCCUCCAUUCGCUCAGCUGCACUUCACACCUCUGGCUCUGCAGGACCCUCCGGCCUGGACGCAUACCAAUGGCGGAGGUUAUGUACCUCUUUCAAGAGAGCGUCAGACAAACUCUGUCACCAACUUGCCAUGGUUGCGAGAAGACUCUGCACCUCCUAUGUAGCCCCCCCCCUGAUUGCCCCUUUCCUGGCAUGUCGACUCAUUGCACUCGACAAAAACUCUGGGGUUCGCCCUAUUGGCAUAGGAGACACAGCACGAAGAAUAAUUGCCAAAGCUACCCUGUCCUUAAUUAAACAAGACAUCCAAGAAGCGUCAGGCUGCAUCCAACUCUGUGGAGGGCAGUUGUCGGGCAUAGAAGCCGCUGUACACGCAGCUAGAAGGUGCCUUGACUCAGAUAAUAAUGAAGCCAUUCUCCUAGCAGAUGCUACCAACGCAUUUAACUCACUGAACCGCAAAGUUGCCCUCCACAACAUACGCAGACUCUGCCCGGCACUGGCCACCAUCCUCAUCAACACCUACAGAGAGCCCACAGAUCUUUACGUUGAUGGAGACCGCCUACUCUCCCAAGAAGGCACCACACAAGGUGACCCCCUUGCCAUGCCCAUGUAUGCUCUGGCCAGCAUUCCCCUCAUAACAAAACUCUCUAACACUAACAUCACCCAAAUUUGGUAUGCGGACGAUGCUGCAGCUGCGGGGAAAAUAUCUGACCUACGCGAGUGGUGGGACACCUUAACCAAAGAAGGCCCAGCCUUUGGAUACUACCCGAACCCCCUAAAGACAUGGUUAAUUACUAAGGAGGGAUUCCACACCAUUGGGUCCACUACCUUCCACCAGACUGGUGUGAACGUCACUCCCGAUGGAAGACCCUACCUAGGAUCACCCAUUGGCUCCCCAGGGUUCAUGGAGUCCUUUGCUGAGUCUAAAGUUGCCAGCUGGUCUGCACUCGUGACUAACCUUGCAGAUAUUGCCACCACCCAGCCACACGCCGCCUACUCUGCAUUAAACCAUGGAUUAUCAACCAUGGAUUAUCAAGCAAAUGGACCUAUAUGUGUCGCACAACACCAAGCAGGAUCGUGAGUCA